AUGUUUCACAUAAACAAAAAGAAAAUACUAGCUGUUUGUGCUGCGAUAGGCGUAAUAUUAUUAUUUCUACAUCCAAGCAAUUCAUCGAAAGAGGAGUAUGAUUAUAUAAUGAAGGAAAAUAUUAUGAAUAGUUUGCAUGAAAAGCUAGCUGUUAACUUUACUAGUUCCGCUAUUGUAGACUGUGAUUAUUACGACAUUCUUCAUGAUGAUACAGCAUUGCCGGUGACCCUUGUCGAUGGUGAUUUAGAGGAGGGUCAUAAAAUCAGAGAAGGUGGUGAAUUCAUUCCAGAAUGCAAACCAAAGUUUAGUGUAGCCAUUAUUGUUCCUUACAGGGAUAGAGCAGAGCAGUUAAGAGGGUUCCUAGUUUACAUGCAUACAUUUUUACAUAAACAACAAUUACAUUAUCGCAUUUAUGUUAUUGAGCAAGUUGAUACACAUCCAUUUAAUAGAGCAAAGCUGUUAAACAUUGGUGCUGUUGCUGCAAUUAAAGCAGGAUAUCCUUGUCUAAUUCUUCAUGAUGUAGAUCUCCUGCCAAUAAAGAUAGCUAAUAUAUAUGCAUGUGUGAAAACACCACGGCACAUGUCUUCAAAUAUUGAUAGGCCAAGGUUUUCACUGCCAUCUCCAAAUGUGUUUGGUGGUGUUAUGGCAAUACAAUCUAAGCAAUAUGAAAAAAUAAACGGCAUGAGCAAUGCCUACUAUGGCUUAAGUGGUGAUAAUUCUGAUUUGUUUUCAAGGGUUAAGGCCAAUCAUUUAAAAUUGUGUAGAUUUGAGUCAUCUGUAAGCCAAUACCAUAUGACUGCACAUGAGGCUCAUAUUCAAAUUGAAAUAAGGAAAAGCAGUCCAGAGUUUUCACAUGAGAGGAUGGUAAAAGACGGUCUGAAUUCAUUGAAGUUUACAGAAGUAGCAACUGUACUCCAUCCAUUAUUUACUCAUAUCAUGGUGGACUUGUAA